AUGGGGAGGGAUACAAAUUGUCCAAAUCGUUCGUUUGUCGUAACGGAUGUUCACCAAAAUGUACAACAUGAGGAACUCAAUCAUAAUCAUAGUGUAUCAAACAAUAAUGCACCCGAAACUCCAAAUUUUGAUAUUGGGAUUGGACCUUCAGAUGAGAACUUGGACAACCCAUUACAUGGUACAGAGGCUGCUAAUAUUGAUGAUGUUGAUGGGCAAGUGUCUUCACAUUCCAGAACAUCGGAUAGAUACGAAUGGAUUACAAGAGUGAAUUCAUCUGAUCUAGUCGAAAGGCAAAUAUUCUUCAGUAAGAAAGAGUUGUAUUGGAGAAUUCGUGUACUUGCUUUGCAAGAUAAGUUCCAAUUUAAGGUCAGUAGGUCAAGCAUGAAAAUAUUAACUGUUGUAUGCGCUGACGAUAAUUGCAUGUGGAUGCUACGUGCUUUGACUGUGAAAAAAUCUGCUGUCUCCAUGAUCCGUAAAUUCAACAAUGUGCACACAUGUGUCAUAGAUUUCCGUUGCAACGCACGUCGACAUGCCACUAGUUCUGUAAUUGCCAAGCAUAUUUUGACAACAUUGGACGAUCUAUACCGAUCGUAUAACCCUACUAACGUGAGUUCGGUGUCGAAAUUAGUUAUAACAAUGCACUUAGGGGGGAAGGUGGCUGUUUUACAUUUGCUACAUGGUGCACCAAAGGAUAGUUUUCAAAAACUAUCUUCUAUGAUCGUUCUGAUAUUGCACGUAAGUUUGGUGUUGAAAUCAGUUACAGCAAAGCACGUAGGGGGAAGUUGGCUGCUUUACAUUUGCUCCAUGGUACACCAGAGGAUAGUUUUUAAAAACUAUCUUCAUACUGUCACGUUCUAA